UCUUCCCCAAGUGCCGCGGGACUCCUCGGGCUUUCUUGGAUCAUCAGAUUCAGAUGAUUAACAGGCAUUCAGAUGAUAAUGGACAGAAUCAUCUAGAAGGACAGAUGAACUUCAAUGCAGAUUCUAGCCAACAUAAAGAUGAGAACACAGACAUCGCCGAAAACCUCUAUCAGAAGGUUAAAGUUCUUUGCUGGGUUAUGACAGGGCCUCAAAAUCUAGAGAAAAAGGCCAAACACGUCAAAGCUACAUGGGCCCAGCGUUGUAAUAAAGUGUUGUUUAUGAGUUCACAAGAAAAUAAAGACUUCCCUGCUGUGGGACUAAAAACUAGAGAAGGCAGAGACCAACUUUACUGGAAAACAAUUAAAGCUUUUCAGUAUGUUCAUGAUCAUUAUUUAGAAGAUGCUGAUUGGUUUAUGAAAGCAGAUGAUGAUACAUAUGUUAUACUAGAUAAUUUGAGGUGGCUUCUCUCAAAAUACAACCCUGAAGAACCCAUUUACUUUGGGAGAAGAUUUAAGCCCUAUGUAAAGCAGGGCUACAUGAGUGGAGGAGCAGGAUAUGUACUGAGCAAAGAAGCCUUGAAAAGAUUUGUUAAUGCAUUUAAAACAGACAAAUGUACACAUAGUUCCUCCAUUGAAGACUUAGCACUGGGGAGAUGCAUGGAAAUUAUAAACGUAGAGGCGGGAGAUUCCAGAGAUACCACUGGAAAAGAAACUUUUCAUCCCUUUGUACCAGAACACCACUUAAUCAAAGGUUAUCUACCUAGAACCUUUUGGUACUGGAAUUACAACUAUUAUCCUCCUGUAGAGGGUCCUGGUUGCUGUUCUGAUCUUGCAGUUUCUUUUCACUAUGUUGAUUCUACAACUAUGUAUGAGUUAGAAUACCUCGUUUAUCAUCUUCGUCCAUAUGGUUAUUUAUAUAGAUAUCAACCUGCCUUACCUGAGAAUAUGCUAAAAGAAAGAAGUCAAGCAUACAAAAAUGAAAAUCCAAAACUAAAACAAGAACCCUUAUUUCCAGACCCCAAUCCCAGAAAUUCUGAUUCUAGCAUGGGGUCCAUUAAUAUGCAUUUUUAUCAGAUCCCCUUGGUCAGUGGUUCUCAAAGUGUUGGCCCCAGUUACAAGUAUUUGCAUCAUCUGGGAACUUGGAAAUUCAGCCUCUCUUGGGCCCACCCCAGACCUAAAUCGGAAACUCCAGCGGUGGAGGCUAGCAGCUGUGUUAAGCCCUCCAAAUGA